AUGUCAGUAAAGAAAGCCGGUGUUUUAGGUGCCACAGGAUCUGUUGGUCAAAGAUUUAUCUUAUUAUUAUCCAAACAUCCAGAAUUUGAAAUCCAUGCUUUGGGUGCUUCUUCCAGAUCUGCUGGUAAAAAAUAUAAGGAUGCUGCAAACUGGAAACAAACUGAAGUUUUACCAACUAAAGAACAAGACAUUGUUGUUCAAGAAUGUAAACCAGAAGGUAAUUUCUUGGAAUGUGAUGUUGUUUUCUCUGGUUUGGAUGCUGAUGUUGCUGGUGAUAUUGAAAAAUCAUUUGUUGAUGCUGGUUUAGCCGUUGUUUCCAAUGCUAAAAACUACAGAAGAGAAAAAGAUGUCCCAUUAGUUGUCCCAAUUGUUAACCCAGAACAUAUUGAUGUUGUUGAAAACAAGAUCAAACAAGCUCAAGCUAAGGGUGAAAAGAAACCAGGUUUCAUUAUUUGUAUUUCAAACUGUUCAACUGCUGGUUUAGUUGCCCCUUUGAAACCAUUGGUUGAUAAAUUCGGUCCAAUUGAUGCUUUGACCGCUACUACUUUACAAGCCAUCUCUGGUGCUGGUUUCUCUCCAGGUGUUUCUGGUAUGGAUAUCUUGGAUAACAUUGUUCCAUACAUUAGUGGUGAAGAAGAAAAAUUAGAAUGGGAAACCAAGAAAAUUUUGGGUGGUACCAACAAAGAAGGCACUGAAUUUACUCCAAUCUCAGAUGAUGACUUGAAAGUUAGUGCUCAAUGUAACAGAGUCCCAGUUAUUGAUGGUCACACUGAAUGUAUCUCCUUCAGAUUUGCCAAUAGACCAGCUCCAUCAGUUGAAGAUGUCAAACAAUGUUUGAGAGAUUAUGAAUGUGAAGCCAGCAAGUUGGGAUGUAGUUCUGCUCCAAAACAAACCAUUCACGUUUUAGAUCAAGCUGAUAGACCACAACCAAGAUUAGAUAGAGAAAGAGAUAAUGGUUACGGUGUUUCCGUUGGUAGAGUUAGAGAAGAUCCAUUGUUGGACUUCAAGAUGGUUGUUUUGUCCCAUAACACCAUCAUUGGUGCUGCUGGUUCUGGUAUUUUGAUUGCCGAAAUCUUAAAAGCUAAGAACAUUAUUUAA